UCAACUAGAAGUUUAUUCCUCUCGCUUUGGCAAGGAGAAUAGUGAGUGAGAGAGGCCGAAAUUUUAUGCAGGAAGAUGAACAUAUAAUUAUAAGGUCUCAGUAGGAACUCGUAUAAUCUUCCGUUCGAUUUCUCGUGCCCAAGGAGAGCGGAAGGAAGCGAAAGGGGAUGAUGGGCUCUCAUGUUCUCAAGCCUCCUGUGAUAUGGCGUUGUUUCAGUAGCUCCGUUCUCGAUUUCUUGUCCAAAUCUCACAACCCUGGCUUUCCAGUAUCAGGAAGAUGGGUUAGAGCAGGAGAAUGCCCUUCUUUCAGAUGUUUUGCUGCUUCUUCUCCAGGAAAGAUUCAUUUGCCGAAGAAAAAAAGGAGGUUGGAUGAGGUCUGUGUCGAAAGGUUUGAGCAAUACAGUCGAACCCUUAUACAAUCAUGGAUUCUACAAGGCAAAGUGUUUGUCGAUGGAAAGAAAGUGAGUAAAGCUGGAACACCUGUGUCUAACAGUUCAGUCAUAGAGAUCACAGCCGAGGUUCCGAAAUACGUAUGUAGAGCUGGCUACAAAUUGGAAGCUGCAAUAGAGCAGCUCGGUAUUGAUGUCACCGGAAAAGUAGCGCUUGAUUCAGGGCUUUCUACUGGUGGAUUUACCGACUGUUUGCUUCAAUAUGGCGCAUCACAUGUUUAUGGAGUGGACGUGGGUUAUGGUCAGGUAGCUGAUAAAAUCCGUCGGGAUGAGAGGGUUUCUGUCAUAGAACGGACGAACCUGAGAUAUCUCCCGGGACUUCCCCGAAAAGUCGAUUUAGUGACACUCGACCUCUCAUUCAUUUCCAUUCUCUUGGUGAUGCCAGCGGUUAUCAAUGUGAUGAAAGAAGAAGCAACUUUAGUUACUCUGGUUAAACCUCAGUUUGAAGCUCGUCGAUCUCAGGUCGGGAGCGGAGGCAUUGUGAGAGACCCUGAAGUACACCAGGAGGUUCUUGAGAAGAUAGUGAAGGGCGUUGAAGGGUUUGGACUGGAAAGCAAAGGAUGGAUCGAGUCUCCCAUAAAGGGGGCGGAGGGCAACAAAGAGUUUCUUGCUUGCUUCACUCGAACGGUGGAGAGACCGGAAGAAGAAGGACUUUGAUGUGUGUUCGGUUUUCAAGGAACAUGAUUUUAAUGUUGACUUUUCGUCUGCAUGCACUUAAGUUACAUUGUCUGAACAUUCGUCAAGGAAUUAGUUUUCCAAUUUAGUACAAAUUGAAGAUUUUUUUUUAUA